AAAAGGGGGCGGGUGGGCAGGGGGGUAGAAAGUGAAAGACAGAAACUGCGAUUUAAACAAAAGCUCUGACAAGGCUGCAGUAGGGGGAAAUCCAAAGUGAGAGAGAAGGAUGGCGUGAGAGGACCCAAGCUGGAAAGUACCAGAGCGAGAACUACUUAAAUUUUUUUUUUGGGCGAUGUCAGUGGGACGCUGAAGAGGAAGGAAGAGGGACAGCGGCGCGCAACAACGCACUCGGUGUCAAAGACCCCGCCACAAGGCACCGACGAGGAAACUUUGCCUUUCACUGACUGACACAGAAAGGCCCGCCUGUCUGUCUGUCUGUCUUCUUUGUGGGUGGGGGGUGGGGGGGUGGCGGGGGAGACUCAUGUGAAGGAUUGCUGUCAACCAGAGAAAUGGAGAAGUGUCCAUUUUCUGAAAGAUAAAAGGAUGUCACUGCCAGUUUUGCUCUUGCUAUCACUCUUGACUGUCCAAUGUGGUGGAUGUGACUGGGAAGUGGUGAAGAACGUGAAGACGGCUAUCGACGCAAACCCCACCGGAUUUCGCACCGUCUUCCCCAAAGAUUAUUAUGUGUUGCACCACUACGCCAAAAGCAUGUUGUGUGACACGGAUCCGUGUUGCGUGUUCCCCGCCGCAAUCGUUCUCCUCGAAUCCUGGAAUGUACUUUUGAGAAACCUCUGGGAUGAGCAUCUUAAUCACUCUUUGAUCUUUGACCUGAAGCAGACACUGGAUAUCAUCAUCAGAAAGAAUAAAAACACCGAGAGGUUGCGGGAGGAGAUGGAUCCGUCCCAGUUUUCCCCGCUCUUCUCCUCUCCCGAGGAGCUCCUCAAGCUCACCUCGGAGUUGUUCACCCAGUGGCUGGAGGUCGGAUGCUCGCCCUCCAUGGAAGUCUGCGAGCCCCCUACGCUGCCUCCCGCGGCCGAGAAGAAGGAGGACAGUCCGUCCAGGAUCCGACUCCUGACCACCCGGGCCAUCAGCAGCAACAUGGAGGAGGCCGAGCUGGCCCGGAUGAGAGACUUGACCCGGGCCUCGUCCAGCCGCGGCCCUGCCUCCCUCUCCGUGCAUCCCGCCUCUGCGUGGAGCCUCCUCCUGUUCAGACUCUACCAGUGGUUGUUGCCAUAGGAACCUAAAAGGAUCUUUUUUUUUUUUUUGAAGCCAACGAUGCACACAAAAAGCAAGACAUUUCCUGGCACUGAAUGAUUGUUUCCUUUCUAUUUGUGGUGUGUUGUGAGGCAGUAUGCUGGUGUUAUCAUAUGAAGUGACAUGCGCAGGUUGCAUUUUUUUUAACGUCCAAAUUAUUUUUAUUGUUAUUUUUAUGUUACGUUCACUGCCCUGAUAGCGCAAAAAAAAACUUUUAAACCAGAAGCGGGCUUUGGAUUUGGUACCUGGUCAUUCAGUGGGGUCUUAUUUUAAUCCACCGCUUAAUACCGCAACUUCAAGUCACACAUCGUAGAAGCUGUCAGUACUAUAUCAAAUUGCAAGUUGAGUUCUGUUCAGAGUCAGUAUUUAUCCGAGAGAUGCCC